AUGAGUGGCCUUUGCCUUGUGCUUCUUCUCUCCAUCUUUGCAGUUUCACAAAGCUCGGGCGAAUGUAGCGACGUCUCCUUCUCAUCCGUCGCAUCGAAAUUAGACGGUCUAAAGAGAGUGACACGUUUGUCGGUCAGUGGACAUAUUUCUGCAUAUCACGUCAAGGUGUCCAUCUCGGAUGACGACUUUCAAUUGGUUCGACUCUCGAAUGGAAAUCCACUGGUCCUCUAUUCAACGUUAUCAAAUACACCAUCGUGGACACAUGUUGACUUUUUAGCCACUGAAGUUCGCAUAUUUCCGGCGUUUGAACAAGCGACAGAAGAUGUCAGGGGACCUUUGUUGAUUCUCACGAUAUGUGAUUAUGACACUCCGAUCACGGCAUUUGAUGACUCUUCAUACACCGUAGAAGCUCAUCACGCAGGCCUUGUCUCAAUGUAUGAGAAUGAUCUUUGCGUUGUCUUUCGAACCUAUAGAUCAGGAGUAUUCUUCUUCUCAAUGGCUGAUCAAGGAGAUGUACUAAUUGCACAGAUCAUCCAUGGAACUGUUCAUGUUAUAUUUGAUUUUGGAUCUCUUACACCAUCUAGAAUAAGUGCUGGUAAAGCAUUGGAUGAUGGAAGGUGGCAUGAGAUGAGAUGGCUUCAUCAAUUCGACUCUGUGCAACUGUCAAUUGACGGUGUCCUCCUUAACCAGACGGCUCCAACGGGUCUUUAUCGAAAAUUGGACUUGCAUAGUGUGGUACAUAUUGGAGGACGACCAAAUGAUGACUUCUCGCAAGGGAUUGAGACUACAUUUACUGGAUGUAUUGCAAGAUUACAACUGAACAAUGCUGAUCUUCUCCAAUUGUCUCCAAAUGAAGUUCACAAUCAAUGUCAAAUGCCAAAACCUCCAUCAUUCACUCUCCAUAAUUCUUCCCGUGCAGUUCUCCCAUUCACUUUCCUUCCGUUUUCAUUCGAGUUCCGGAUAGUUCCAAUCAAUGGUCCACUUGUAACACUUUUUGAUGCUGAAAAUGGAACUUUGGUGGAUGUAGUGAUUGAUGAAGAGAGCAAACUACAUCUUGUCAGUAAUAUUACAAAGUUCAAGCAAGCUGCAAAUCCAGCAAUCGACGUGGCUGAUGGUGCUUGGCACAGUUUCUCUCUUCGAAUACGAGGAGUUCGAAUGGAAAUCGACAUAGAUGGAUAUACAGUUCUUUGGUUGGAAGGACAUGAAGUUCGGAGAGUCUCUCAAAGAUUAUCCAACUUCAUUUUGUCUGCAAGUGGAUGUUAUCGAAGUGUGACGAUAGAUUUGACAAGUGUUCGAGUUGAUGGAAACGUGACAAGAGGAGAAUGCACUUUUCAAGAGAAAUGUCUACCAAAUCCGUGUGAAAAUGGUGGAGGAUGUGUACAGUCGGCGUUAGAUGACUAUGUAUGCAAUUGUAAAGAAGGAUACAAAGGGAAGAAUUGUCAUACAACUGAUCUACCACACUCUUGUGAAGAAUGGGUAUUCACCAAAGGAAACAAGCAAAAAGCGGUUCAAGGACGUAAAGUGCUUAUUGAUAUUGAUGGAGGUGGUGAAAUGCAGCCGAUAAAUGUGACUUGUAAAACGGAAAGAGAUGAGAUCGGAAUUGACGGAGUCAGUACGAUCCUUGAACAUGACCUUCUUCGACCAAUGAUUGUGACUGGAGAUAAUAAGCCCGGAGCAGUUCGGUACUCACUUACAUAUGGAAUAAGCACUGAACAAAUGGAUAGAUUAGUUGAAGGAUUUGAGGCUUGCAGUCAAUUCAUGAGAUACACUUGUCGUGGUGGUGCAAGAUUGAUGACUCAAGGAGACGAGAGAAGUCCAUCUUCAUGGUAUUCAACGAGAAGUGAUAAACAUGGAUUACAAUGGGGUGAAGCUCCACCGUACUCGAGAAUGUGCUCAUGUGCAAUUAAUGGAAGUUGCCUUCAUAAUAGAAUGUGUAACUGUGAUAGUGGUGAAGAUUCAACUGAUGAAGGAGUCAAUCCAUAUUCUCAACUUCUUCCUGUCACUGGUCUGUUCCUUGGUGGAACUACAAAAUCAUCAUCAAUAGAAGUAGAAAUUGGACCUUUAAAGUGCAGAAAUCGAGCCACAUUUGAUCCAGUAACAUUUUCAAACCGGAAUGCUAAACUCAGUGGAGCUCAAACGUUUAACCAAAGAACUUUUGAUGUAUCACUUCAUGUCAAGUUUUCCCAUUCACAAAUGUCAAUUCUCUCGUGGCAUUCGACGGAUGAUCUACACUGGUUCCAUUUGUAUGUGAACGAUGGAAAAAUUGUGGGAGAAGUUGUAAAUGGAGGAGAGAGUCAACAAAUUGUCUCCGAGCAUAGAUAUGAUGAUGGAAAAUUCCACGCAAUAUAUUGGGAAGCUGAUUCAACCGGAAUGUUUCUUAAAGUCGAUGGACAACGGAAAUCCGUCAAAACCUCAUUUAUUCUUCCAACAGUUUACAUGUGGAUUGUUGGAUCACGAACUGAAAAAGGAUCGACUGGAUUUGCUGGAGUCAUUCGAAAUGUGCAUCUUUGUGGUGUCGAGUUAGCAUUAGGACAGUAUGCGAGGAAAGAAACUGAACGAGGAGUCGCAAUCGGUGACGAUGGAUACUGUAGACCGGAUCUCUGUCAGAAUGGAGGUCAAUGUGUUGACAAGUACGAUGGAUACGUGUGCGACUGUAGUAUGACACCAUUCGGUGGAAGUGAUUGUACAAAAGAAUAUGGAAUGAUGGUACCUGCUGGAUCGUCUAUCCAGAUUCCAUGGCAGAAUCCAGCUCAUCAAGCUAUGUGCCAUCGGAUUGCAAUUCAGACGACUUCUAGGAAUACAACGAUUCUGAGGUCAAAAGCAUUAUUUGCGGACUCAACGUUCAAUAUGACUGUUGAUGAUAAUGGAAACCUACAAAUGAUGGCUUACGAUGGAUUCUUUUUCCAUUUCAAGAGACAAUCAAAACGACAUAAUCUGAGUGAUGAUAUAAUGCAUGACAUCUCAUUUUGUGCUUCGAAACAUCAUUUCAAUGUAUCAGUUGAUGGGAUGCAAGUGAUUACGAUUGAAGGAAAUUGGACAUUUUUCGAAAGUUUCAAUGUUUGGCAUUUCCUUGAUGAAAAUUUCGAAGGUUGUGUGUCUCGAAUUCAGACCGGAUCCGCAUUCCCGUUAAAGAAUCCAAAAACUGCAAGACUAAACUAUUCGGGGAAAAUUCGAUUUGGAACAUGCCCAAUAGAAGCUGUAUCUCGUCAACAAAUGUACGAUUUCAACCCGCAACCAGACCUAAUCUCCUCCACAAUAAAAACAUCGACGGAGGAUAUCAAAAUAUUUUCCGUUUCCCAAAAUAAACAAGAUCUAGUGUCAAAAGCAAUAAUUGGAGGUGGUAUCUUGGCACUUUCUCUAUUCAUACUGUGUAUGAGUUCAUUGAUUUGUUACAUGAGGUCUCGACCAGAAGGUGUCUAUAAAACUAAUGAGACAGGUGAAAACUGUUCUCCAAGUCGAAGUGAAGAGCCUUUAGUACAUAAUACAACUAGCAAUAAUAAUAAUAAUCCAACAUAUGCUUCCAACAAAGAGUAUUUCUGCUGAAAUUUCUGAAACUUGCCACUUAAAUUUUUCGUUCGGGUCUUGAUUCUCACUUUUUCCAUAACUUCUCUUCAGUUUUUUACAAAUUGUCUUUCGUCUGAUGAUUCUUGAAACGGGUUAUUUUUAUCUGUUGAAUAAAUGAUUUGAAUUUU